GUGAUUCCAGAGAGUGAUGACCUUCGCCAUUCGCUUACGGACCAACCAAAAUGGCGUCUUCUUCCCAAAGCCUCUCUCUUUCUCAUCAAUCUCCAUCCUCGAAUCUCAGAAGAACGAUGUCGAAGAAGCAGACGAGUCAAUAGAUGCAGAGGAUCAUCGGCACAGCGUUUCCGACCGAGCGUACUGGACACGACGAAUACAUUUUCUCUGCACUGUCCGACGCAACCCUGACGAGGCUCUUCGGCUACUCGACCGUCUCUGCCCCCGCGGCUUCAGCCCCGAUUCUCUCAACCUCAACAGUGUGAUCCACGCCCUCUGCGACACAGGUCGCUUCGCCGAAGCUCAUCGUCGGUUUCUCCUCUUCGUCGCCUCAGGAUGCGUCCCAGACGAGCGGACGUGCAACGUGAUCAUCGCGAGAUUGCUCGAUUCGGCCUCUCCGGUGAGCACAUUGGGGGUUGUGCACCGUUUGAUCGAUGCCAAGAGGGAGUUCGUGCCUUCUCUGACGAACUACAACCGUUUGAUCAAUCAGCUGUGUUUGAUUUCUAGGGUUAUCGACGCGCAUAAGCUUGUAUUCGAUAUGAGGAACAAAGGGCAUCGACCCAAUGUCGUGACUUACACGACCCUGAUCAGCGGCUACUGUGGAAUUCGAGAACUCGAUGCUGCAUAUAAGCUGUUCGAUGAAAUGCGUGAGCAUGGCAUAAACCCGAACUCUCUGACGCUGAGUGUUCUGGUCGGAGGGUAUUUGAGGAGGAGAGAGAUUCAAAACGGGCGGAAGCUGAUGAAGGAUCUCUGGGAACACAUGAAGGAUGAGACUGAUACAUCAGUGAAGACUGCGGCUUUUGCUAAUCUCAUUGAUUCUUUAUGCACGGAAGGGUAUUUCAGUGAUGUUUUCGAGAUUGCGGAGAACAUGCCGCAAGGCCUGUCUGCGAAUGAGGAAUCUGCCUACGGCCAUAUGAUGGACUCCCUCUGUCGAGCCAGGAGGAAUCAUGGAGCUGCCAGGAUUGUUUAUAUAAUGAAGAAAAAAGGGUUUAAGCCAGGCACAACAUCUUACAAUGCUAUCAUCCAUGGCUUGUGCAGGGAUGGCGGUUGUCUCAGGGCUUAUCAGUUGCUAGAAGAAGGCUCUGACUUUCGGUAUUUCCCGUCCGAGUAUACGUAUAAGCUCCUCGCGGAGAGCCUUUGCAAGGAACUGGAUAUCGACAAGGCACGGAAUGUUGUAGAGCUGAUGCUGAGUAAAGAAGGAACAGAUAGAACAAGGAUCUACAAUAUCUAUCUUAGAGCUCUCUGUUUGGCGAAUAGCCCGACUGAGAUCCUAAACGUACUGGUCUGUAUGCUCCAGAGAGACUGUCAGCCUGAUGGGUUUACACUCAACACGGUCGUCAAUGGACUUUGCAGGACGGGUCGGGUGAACGAGGCCAUGAAAGUGCUGAGUGAUAUGAUGAAUGGAGAGUUCUGCCCGCCAGAUACUGUGACUUUCACUACUGUUAUGGGCGGGUUGCUUAGCGAAGGAAGAGCAGAAGAAGCUCUUGGUGUGUUGAACAAGGUUAUGCCUGAGAAUGGGUUUAAGCCCGGUGUUGUGACCUACAAUGCUGUCAUACGUGGGUUGUUUAAGCUCCAUCGGGCGGAUGAAGCUAUGGGUGUAUUUGAUCAAAUGGCAAAGUAUGGAGUAAGUGCAGAUAAUACAACGUAUGCUAUUAUCAUGGACGGGUUGUGUGCUACGGGUCAGGUGGAGGCGGCAAAGAGAUUCUGGGACGAUGUGAUAUGGCCUUCACAUAGACAUGACAAAUUCGUGUACUCGGCCCUGCUGAAAGGGCUUUGUCGAUCUGGUAAUCUAAGUGAUGCUAGCCAUUUCCUCUACGAGUUGGUGGAUGCGGGAGUGGUUCCUAAUGUCGUGUGCUACAACAUUGUGAUUGAUGAGUGUAGCAGGAGAGGGUUGAAGGGAGAUGCGUACCAGAUUCUGGCUGAGAUGAAGAAGAAUGGUCUGGCUCCAGAUGCUGUAACUUGGCGGAUAAUCGAUAAGCUGCAUGGCCAUGGCCAUGGCCAUGGUCAUGGCCGUGGGAAGAAAGAGUGAGACCGUGAUACCGGUCUCUGAAAGGAUGUAUGAUCAACUGGAUGAGAAGAGAGCUUCAUAGUUCUGGGUUAAAGCCUAUUGCCUCGUGAACAUGACGACAUGACCGGUGCUUGAAGUAAACCCGCAAUGUAUGGGUUGCACAAGCUAACCCAGCCUUGCUUCAGUCGAGUUCUUUAACCAACAAAACCAUACUAAGAGAGAUCCGAAAACUGCAAUUGCUAAACAAGUACAAAAGCAAGACGUGUUUGUUGUGUAUCCUAUGUAUAGAAGAUGUCUUCCUCCUGCAUAAGAUCACAACAGAGCAUUGUACAGUAACUGAGGUAUAAUAAGGCCAACUGUACUUGUA